AUGCGCCACCCGCUUCGGGACCUUCCGAGCCUACUUGUCAGGUUCGGCGCCAUUCCCAAGCCUUUGGAGGGAAGGAACGUUCCUUUGGAGUGGGAGGAGUGGCCUGGGGGUGACGAAGCUGCUGUGAAGUUUCCUGUGAACCGAAAAGAGAGGUGUUUUGGGCUUGGGAUUGUGGAAGAGCGUGGUGAAGCCCCUGAGAAGCUGACCCAGGACCCUCCUCAGCACACAUCUGAAGCAGGAAGGGACGGCAGGCGUGCAAAGGAUGCAGAAGGCCAAGGAGGUAGUCACGAAGGUGAAUGGAGCAUGGCGCGUGGGAUAGCUGAAGCUGGAGGGGGCGGCAGGAGUGCAAGGAGGAGAGACUCCAAGGCAAUAGAGCUAGGAGGUUGGGAGAAAUCCUUGAAGAGCAAGGCGCGUGCGAUAGCUGAAGAAUUUCCGACCGCCGAUGUGAGAGUGACAGUGCUACCGCCGCCGAGAAGGAAGCUUCCCAUCGUUCGCUGCCUGGCAGAUGUGGAUUUUCUGGUAGAGGUAACUGGGUCCCUGAUGGACCCCCCUGCAUGCGCCCACUGCAAGGCGUGCUCCGCAGAUUUCAUGCUAUAUGUGUGCACCGUUGCUCUCAUCGCCAACUUCGCCUACCGCCCCCUCAGCCAUCUGUUCUCCCGCGUGCUCUCCCUCUUCCCGCCGCCCUCCCUGGGCUUUGACGAGCUCGUUGACUGCCUCGAGUUCCCAGCGCGCCUGCACUGGCCCUUGAACCUGCACAUGCUGCUGAGACGAGCCAAGCAGGUGCCUGUGUAUUUCCUGGUUCACAUGGCAAUCUGGUGCGCCCAUCCUCUUUUGGAAAAGAGUGAGUUCAAGGGGCGUGGCGUUGGGGCAGCGCAGGGAGUGCAGUCGGGUGCGAGCGAGGGAGGUGGAAAGGAAGGAGGAGAAGGUGGAAGGGUGGAGGUGCAAGGCCGCUGGGACAGUGAGGAGAGCCAGGAGAACGGUGGAGAGGUGUGGGAGGAGGUGCGGAUGUGGUAUUCCGCAGUGAUGGCUGAGUGGAGAUUCGAUGCGGAGGGUAAGGGAGAGAGCAAGGAGUGCAGAGGUAGCAGGGAGCAGGAGUGGACGGAUGAGGAGUGUGACAUCACGUGGCUUCUUGAUGCAGCUAUCUCGCCAAGCAUUCGUGCUGCUGCUGUUCCGGACAUGGAAGGUCGUGCGUGCAGUUCUAUUGUCACACUUGGCUCUGACCCUGCUGCUUGUGGGGGGCGUUUGUGUGGUGCUGCUGGGUGUGAAAGGGUGGAGGGCGAUGGUGUGAAGUUCAAGAACUGCUCUGGGUGUGGCAAGGUGGCGUAUUGCAGCAGAGAGUGCCAAAAGGCGCACUGGCCCUCCCACAAGCUCACAUGCCCCGGCAGGAUCAGCGGGAAGAGGAGUGGGAAGGAUGAGAGCAAGGAGUGCGGCAGGAAAACGGAUGAGGAGAGUUGUUGUGAGGGCAGUGCCAAAAGAGUUGGUGCAGGGAGGUGUGGGGAUGGUGGAUAG